ACAAUGCAUUGCGUUGUGAGGGAAGGAGGGCUCCUCCAAAGAGCUGGGUUACCUGCUCGCUUGUUAUUUCGCACUUGUUCCUCCAGACGCAUGACUUCUUGAAGGUACUUUUAUAAGUUUGAUAUUACUGUCUGGGAUAUUGCCUUGCCUCUCAAUGGUAUUAGCCAAAGAUUAAAUUACAAGGAGGAUUCAAUGCAUGUUCGGCCCGCACUGCAGCAUUUAAUGACGGAUCUGGGGACAGAGAUUCUCCCUCGGCUCCGCUUGGCCUCCAGCUUGGCUAACCAGUCAGUCCUGGAAUGACCGUCACCCCCGAGAGUCCCAGUGUUCCCCCUGCGACACCCUCCAAGCCCCUCACAAGCCUCAGGUCCAGACAGGGGCUCAUGGACGAGUUGGAUUCCCUGAGGUCCAGGUUCCUCCAUGAGGACACCCUGUCCCUGGCCUCCUCCUCGACGGAGCCCAGCAACAUAGAAGAGAGCAAAUAUGCAUCGCUGCAGGGAGAGCUAGAGGCCGAUGCCCAGGACCUAGAGGGCGAUUCCUGGAGCCUCGAGGUGGACCAGGACUACCUCAAGCCCAUGAGCAAAGAGUCCAUCAAGAGGCAGGACGUCAUCUACGAGUUGAUCCAGACGGAGUCCCACCACGUGCGCACCCUGAAGAUCCUGCUGUGCGUGUACAGGAACGAGCUGAUUGAGUCUGCGCCGGUGGACGAGGCCCGCCUGAAGCGCCUCUUCUACGGGCUGGACGGCCUGCUGGGGCUCCACGCCGCCCUCCUCCAGGGCCUGAAGCAGCGGCGGCUGGAGAGCAUGGUGGAGGGCAGCCCCCACAACUACCAGAUCAGGCAGCUGGCUGACAUACUCACCGCCCAGUUUUCAGGCGAGCUGGGCGAGAGAAUGAAAAACUUCUACGGAGCCUUCUGCUAUUAUCAUAGGGACGCGGUCACCUUCUACAAGGACCUGCUGCAGAGCAACAAGAAGUUUCAGGCCCAUAUGAGGAAAGUAGGCCAACUGUCAAUAGUGCGACGGCUUGGCAUUCCCGAGUGCUUCCUGCUGGUUACCCAACGCAUAACCAAAUACCCCGUGUUGGUGGAACGCAUCAUACAGAACACUGAGGAGACCGAGGAGCAGACUGCCCUGGCGCUCGCCCUGACACAGAUCCGGGACUGCAUCUCCCAGGUGGACGGCCAGGUGAGCGACUUCAAGAAUGCGGCCCGUCUGAGGGACAUCGCCCAGCGCCUGGAGCCCAAGUCCCAGUGCCUGCUCAAGGACGGACGCCAGUUCAGCCGGGAGGACCUGACGGAGGCCAGCCGCACCCUGCAGAACGAGGCCACCUUCACCAUCAAGGAGUCCUCCGGGAAACUCAAAGAGGUCCAGGCUCUUCUCCUUACCGAUGUUCUCAUCCUGCUGCAGGAGAAAGACCAGAAGCUGGCCUUUAAAACCAUGCAAGACAACAAGUCUCCGGUCAUCUUCCUGCAGAGUCUGAUAGUCAGGGAGGUGGCUCACGAGGAGAAGGCCAUGUUCCUCAUCUGUGCCUCCUCCGACAAUUAUGUGAUGUACGAGAUCCACACCCGCUCCAAAGCAGAGCGCAACACCUGGAUGGCCCUUAUACGGCAAGCUGUGGAAAGCUGCCCAAUAUUAGAGGUCAAGAGUCAAGAGGAGGAGGAAGCCCGGUCUACCAAGCUAAAAGAGUUCCAGGAGACCCUGGCCCGGAGGGACAUGCUGAUAGAGAAGAACCUGCAGGAGAAGCUCCAGAUCUUCGCCUUCUUCACUGAGAACCUCACGGGCGUGGAGACCCCCCAGAAGAGACUGCUGCUCCGGGGGGACGCCAGUGAUCUCCAGCAGGGGGAGACACUGAUCAUGGGAGCCAUCAGAGACGUGGAGGGCCUGCAGGACCUGCUGCUGGCCCGGAUCAGGGACCCAAACCAGGCUGCGGAUGACAGCCAGGGGCCGCCCCUGCUUCUCCGCAGAGCCCAGACCUUCGGGGGUUUCGAGACCAGGCCCCCUGGCCAACCCGCCGAAGAUGCAGAGGGCGCCAGCGGGCAGGACGACCCCCUGGAGAACGGCCGUCUCUCCACCAGCUCGGACCCGGAACACCCGGACCCGGAGCGCUCUGACCCGGUGCACAAGGACCUGGAGCGCCUCGAUCCGGAGCAGCGCCACACGGAACGCCACGAACCGGAACACCACGACGGGGAAAACCUCGACCACGACCUCGAUCCGGAGCACCACGCAGAGAGCCGGGAGCUGUCUGCGGAUGACGAGACUCCGAUACAGAACCCGGACUCCCCCCGUUUGUCUGCUGCUGACCUGGAGCUCUUUAACCGGGUGCUCCAGCUCUCCAAUCGGCUCUACAGCUUGCAGGCCAUCAUCGCCCAGCAGGACAGCCGCGCCGACCUGCAGCAGCUGCGGUGGCUGACGGCGCCGGCCUCCUCGGGGGGGGCGGCGGCGGCGGCGGGCGGCGCCGGGGGGUCGCGGCGCGACAGCGGCGGCCUGCUGCUGGAGCAGGAGCGGCAGCGCACCCUGGAGAAGCAGCGCGAGGAGCAGGCGGCCUUCCAGCGGCAGCAGGCGGCGCACCGGCAGGAGGCGCAGCGCUGGGAGAAGGAGCGCGAGCGGCAGCGCGUGCACGCCCUGCGGCAGGAGGCGGAGCUGGCGGCCGGCGCCGAGGAGCACGUCCGGCGCGACGGCCGGCUGGCGGCGGAGCGGGCGGAGCUGGAGGCCCAGCGCGCCGCCUACCAGGGGGACCUGGUGCGGCUGCGGGAGAGCGCGCAGAAGGUGGAGCGCGAGCGGCAGCUGCUGGAGACGCAGCAGCUGAAGCAGCAGAAGCAGAGCGACCAGUUCCUGCGGGCGACCCAGUCGUUCAGCGUGGCCCAGAGGAGGGUCAGCCCCGAUCCCCACAUCCACCCCACCAACCACGUCCACAACCACGUCCACCAUCCCCACCACCACCACCACGGCGGUCACGGCGGUGGGGGCGGCGGCGGGGGGGAGGUGCCCCCGUUGGUGCCCCCGCGGAGGCACAGCAUGAGCCCCAAGCCGGUGGUGGUGGUGCCCCUGCAGCUGGUCAGCACCACCAACCAGCCCCACAAGGAGGGCGGCGUGCAGCAGCAGAUCCCCACCAAGCUGGCCGUGCACAGCAAGGCCAAGAGCACCAAGAGCUCCAAGGGCCACCACCGGGGCUCCCACCAGCGGGCAGCGUCUAUUGACAUGAGUCAGGUGGUGCCCAUCAAGGUGACCGGGAACGAGGGGGGCAGUCUGAGGGCCGUAAGUAAGGCGAGCCCCAGCCCCCAGGUGAUCAACUCAGAUCGGUUCACCCGACCAACGCCCCCCAUCAACGUCAAGCCGUCCCCGUCGUUCAGCACUCACAUUAGGAGCCCCGACCCCCCGCCUCCACCCCCUCCACCCUUCCCCAAAGACUUGCUCAAGAAGGAGAAGAAGCGUGAGGUGUUCCUUUAGGAGGGGCGGAGCUCACUGACGUCCGGCCUCCGAUUGGCUAAAGGAUAUGUUCGUUAUGGAUGAUUGGAAUCAGCUGUUACAAAGACUCUGCCGCUGACUCGAAGGGGGUUACAUUUUAGGAAGAUAUUCUGGAAAAGAAAACGAGAUGUCUUAUGACAUUAUUGAUGUUUUACAUAGUUUUGUUAAAAAAAUGAAGUUAUAUUUUAAGGCGUCCAUUUACCGACGGGAGAUUGUUUAUGUUUUUAAGGAUUCGUUCUUGUUCUUUUUACCAAAGACUUUGCCAGAGAAAAUGUAUAUGCUUUUUGGAAGCUGAAAUAAGCCUCUGCCAGUAACCUUUCAGCACUCGGUGGGAAACCUCAGCAGUUAUCCUCUUCUCAUAUGAAGACCAGACACGACAAGACAAUCUGGAGUGAGUACAUCCACCAUACCCUACUGCUUUUAAGUGCCAACCAACUGCUUUCAGAAGAAAUAUCCCUGCUCUUUUAUUCUGCACAACAGAAUGGCUUGUUCGUAAUGGAGUGAACCCUGCAUUGAAGGUUAUCAAAUGUGUUUAUGCCUUAUUUUGAGGAUCGAUUGUUGCCAAUUUUGUUGAAUUGUGUGUAAUCUUUUGGAUGGCUGUGCCCAGUCUAGACGAAAGCUGAACUGUCUCAAUUUUAGAUUGUUUUAGAAACAAAAAAAAGAAGCAAGUUAAAAUUGUCGCUUUUGUCUAUCGCAAGUUUAUUAGUGUUCCUCAAAAGCAUUCAGAAGUGACGGUGUAAGCUAUGUUUUACGUUCAGAAUGUGUCUUUCCUAUAGAGGUGUAGUGGUGAAAACAGGUGUAGCUCAUGAAGUUAAUUAUAGGUCUGUGCCCUUAAUUAAUGUCCUGAGAUACACCUGUGUCGGCCCCUACUAUUACACAUCUGUGAUGAAGCCAGUUCAUAUGCUGUAAAAUAAAAACAAACGCAUUUGAGUUAAUUUACUUUGUCAUUUAUGGACUUUUACUUUGCUUAAACUGUCAAAUAUAAUCUCUGACUGACUGUACAAGACUCUGACACCAGUUUGGUGUCAUUUAAUUAAAACCUACGGGGAAGAACCACACAUCAAACACCAGAGACCCUGCCUGGCUUAGAAGUGCAAAGUCUAAUGGGAUUUGCUCCCCACAGUGCUGCAUUUCAAAAAAAUAAAAUCUGUUCACUAAAGCACUGCAAAGUGCUUUGGAUAAAAGCCUUUAGAGCGCGCAACAAACAGACUGAUGUUAUCCUGUUGGAGAGUUACAGCUUUUCAAGGCCGUUGUGACUCAGUUGGCUGUAAAGAAACAAACGGGUACGAGUUUUAUUCUGGUUUAUUGUAAGGAUCCAAAAUGGCAAUAGUCCAUCAAAAUCAGAUAUAUAUUUUACUUCGGAAGGGUUUGAGUAUUUUUCAGGGAUGUAUAGAGCAACAACUGUACAAGUGUUGCACAUCUUUUCUUUUCCAUAAAUACAUAUGUUGAAUCCAAUACCUUUUUAUUUUCAUAUAACAUUGAAACCUUAAAAGAGGUAUCAAAAUGAAGCCUGAUAUCACGCAAUGGUGAAUAAUCUGUAAUGUGCUUUCUAUAGCAAUUACUCGCAUACAAGUAAGCUGCUUGUGUAGUCUUGCCUUUUGAACCAAACCUAAGUAACACUAUUCCCAAAUCGCAUCCAAUUUAUAGAAAUGUCUGCUUGUCUGUGAGGACCCUGUGAAACCCUUAGCAUAGGAACUCCUGCCUCCCACACUGAUGGAAUACGGGGUUAUUCUGAAAUCUCAAACGCAUGUAAGGAGUAAACCAGUAUACAUUUUUCUUGUUUCUCCAUCGAUAAUACAAAACUAAGAACAUGUGCAAAAUAAGUACAGGACAGAUGAUGAGAACUCUGCGACCUCUGUGAGCAGCUCAGUCAUCUGACGGUGGUCACAGCACCCACAUCAAAACUAGGUGCAGCGCUCCCAGUUAACCCAUGGUCCGAUGAAGGCAGAACAGAAGAAUCCUUGACAUAGUCAACUAAGACACUGAAUACUGGUUGUCGUUUCACCGAUACAUGAUAUCAACAUUGGGCACUGGUUUAAUAUUACUGUUCCGUACAAAAAAAAAACAGCAUGCAAAAUUAAAUGAAUCCAAAAAAAUGGUUAGCUACAAAAUAUAAUAAUCCCAACUACACAGGACAAUACAAAUACAUUGAGUGCUUGUGGUUUGAUAAACCAUGGUUACACCAUUACUUAAAGUAACAAAUCCCUUCAGCCAAAAUGUCUUCACCGUGACAGUAAAUACUGGGCCAAAGCAA